UACCGUAAACCCGCUGCUAACUGUCGUGCAUUGCCUUGCUGCAGCUUAACCUGUCACAAACGUUAGCUUCAUUGCAGUUUAAUUUGUAAACGCUGCUGCUGAAAAAAUAAUGGCAGACGAGGAGAAGUUACCAGGUGGAUGGGAGAAAAGAAUGAGUCGCAGUUCAGGCAAAGUUUACUACUUCAACCACAUCACCAACGCCAGCCAGUGGGAGCGUCCGGUGGGAGACGGCCGUGGAGAGCCAGAGAAGGUGCGCUGCUCUCACCUCCUGGUGAAGCACAGUCAGUCACGUCGUCCAUCCUCUUGGCGGGAACAAAAUAUCACACGAACUAAAGACGAGGCCCUGGAGCUCAUUCAGAAAUAUAUAGAAGACAUCAAGUCUGGAGAGGAGAAGUUUGAGUCCCUGGCUUCUCAGUUCAGCGACUGCAGCUCAGCUAAGAACGGUGGAGAUCUGGGCUUAUUUGGCAAAGGUCAGAUGCAAAAGCCUUUUGAAGAGGCCUCCUUCGCUCUCAAAGUGGGCGACAUGAGCGGCCCUGUUUUCACGGACUCUGGAGUCCACAUCAUCCUACGUACUGGUUGACUUGGAAGGAGGGGGGGGGGCUCAUUCUACUUUCCUCUCAUGUCUUCACACACACACACACACACACAGUCCAACCCGACCCGAGCCGAUUUAUUUUAAUGACCCGCAUAACCCAACAGACAAGUCGUACGUGCUGAAUCGAUAAGUUUCAUGGGGAUCAUUUCUGUUCCGUGCACUAUUGGACAUGUAUGAAUAAUUUAAUCACACUGAACAUCAAGGAGCAUCGCAGAAUAUUCCUGUGAGACCUCAAGCUUUUAUUAACCCCAUCAUAUGAAAACAUGAGUGCCUGUGACUCUGUUGACGUCAUCGGUCUCACCCUCCCGUGCGUUUGUAAAAGCUUGUUUUUUUUUAUUAUGUGCAUGAAUACUAAAAGGACCAUUCACUCUGUUUCCCUGUAACCUUUUUCAUUUCUACUGUAUUUGUGCCGAAACAGGUCCUCAAUCCUGUUUUGGAAAACGGAUUCAUAAGAUGUUUAAAAUAGUUUUACUUGUAAAUCCAUGCAAUGCAAAGAGCUGUUAUUUUGAGUUCUCCACAUUUAGCGUUGAUUUAAAUUUGUCAUCCUUUGCAGAAAUCCAGUAAAAUUCCAGUGAAAAAACACCCACCUUGAAAAGUGCAUCUUUUCUUUCCUUACGAUAUGCAAAGAUAAAGACGGCACAGUUGGAAAUUUCCAGGUUUUAACAAUCCGCUCUGCAGCUUUUAAAAGCAUCAAAGUUCAGAUGACCUGUUGCACCGUUUUCCCUGCAUCAAUAAAAAUAUCUUUUUCUAA